GAGACUCGAGUUUUUCGGUAACCUUGUGAAAAGAAGUCACUCCCUUGUGCGUUUGCACCUAUAUUUCGUAAUUACGUUACAACGCGCAACCGAAGUUCUGUGAUUGUAAAUUCCCUGGAAUUUUAAUUUUUGCUUUUAUUUCUUAUCUGUGUGCAAUUUUUUUGUGAUAUUUAUUUGCCCUAUAUUCAUAGGAAACUAAUUAUAAUUAUGAGAGAAGGUCAGAGAUUUCGGUUUUUAAUUUACUAAAGAAGAAAUUAAUUGAAAGCGUUGGAAUACAAAGAAAAGAUUCUGAAAUCAGCAAAAAUGGAAAGUUCUAACAAGCCAUCCUGGUCUGGUUUCCUGGGAAAGGAUGGUUUACAUCCUUAUAAAAGUGGUGAUCUUCGCUUGGCCAAUUAUUUCUGUAGGUUUUUAAAGAAAUGUGUUUCUUCAGAUAAUGCAUCUCGAAAGGUAUGUAUGAAUAUGUGGUGGUGACAUUAUAAGCCAGUUAACAACUUCCGGAGAAGAGUGUACACUUUUGUCUAGUGGCUUUGUUACUCGGCUAUGAACCCUAACGUUGCGAGUUCGAACCUCAACCUGCACAAAUAUUAUUGUUUAUAUGCAAUUUAUGAUAAUAUAUAUAUAUUUUAAGUACUGAUGAAAGUUAGAAAAGUAUUUGUAUUUAUUUUGGUUUUUGUUUAACUUUUGUAGAGGAAAAAUUGCCAGUCGAUCACCCCGGAAUAUAUUUUGGAUCCUUUGGAGUUUCCUCCAUUGCCUUUCUGUAAUCAGCCUUCAUUUUUGUCAUCAUGGCCACAGCAUUCUGGUUCUGCUUUGCCUUGUAGCGAGUUACCAACUUCUGUUGACCCAGUUCCUAUGUUUCUUCUUUUCCAUCAGCUUCUCAAAAGGGUCAAAAACGUCAGUCAAUUGCUCCUCAAUUCAUUUUGGAUUUAACUGAGUUUCCUGCAUUGUCUUCCUCAAGGUAAUUUCAUUUUUACCAUCUUGGGCUAAACAUCCUGCUUCUUGGCCUUUAGCACGGCCAUCUGUUUCAGCUUGUGCAGUCUCAACCGCUUCUCGUUCUCUUCCACCCUCUCCGCCUGUGCCUCUUGCUGGUCAUGUUCAAUUUCUUGUACCUAUUGUUUCCUAUAUGCCUAUGGUUCAGUUCUUGCAAUUCCAUUCUGUUGCUGUGUCCUCUCCUCCAUUUUAUGUACCUGUUGUUACACCAUUUCUACCAGCUAUUGUACUUGCUGCUGUUUCCUCUUUUUCAACUUGCAGUCAGUCAGUUGUUGCAUGCACUCUGCCAACCCACUGUGAACCAGAACCUGCUCGUACAUCCCCAGUCCAAUGUGAACCAGAACCUCCUCACAUUUCCCAGCCCAGUGUCGGCCAGCAUGUGUUUCUAACAAACUCGGAAAGGCAAGAAUCACCAAGAUAAGUAAAAAUAUUUUUUCAAAAUGUGACAAAAAUAUCUAUGAAAAUUUUAUUGGCCGUAUUCCUACAACAAAUAAAUUUGCAGUGUUACUAGAUGAUUGUAAAGAAAAUAGGACAGAUAUAGUUUUGGCUCUAAAUUAAAAAAAUAUAUAUAUCACUGGAGGAAGUGCCCAGAAUUUCUUAUAUUCAAAGACUUGCGAUUAUUGUGGGAGAACUUAUUUGUCCAAGUCAUCAUUUUCAAAGCAUUUAAGAAAAUAUAAAUGUGUAGAACGCGUUAAGAGUACUUAUCCUAAAGAAUGUGAGGUAUGCUUAAAAUGUUAUUCCUCAAGAUCCUCUUUUGCAAAUCAUUUAAAACGCUGUAAACCAAAGGUUUGUGAUGUUUUAACUUUGCCAAAAAGCAAAUGUAUAGUCCACCUCACGAUUGUUGGCGUUCGUCUUCAGACGAGUCCACUUCAAAACCGGUUGGAAACAAGAGGAGCCAAGGUUGCUAUAAUCUUGCGUUGGCGAAAGAAGUUUCCUUCGUAAAGCGUCAUUAUUUGUUUACGACUGGCUUUGCGAGUGCCUUGCGUUUACUGUUGCUUUCCCGACUUCUUAUAUUUCUAAUCUAAAUCCAUCGAAAUAUCAGUGCCAUAAUGCCUGGGAAUCGCAUUGUUUCCAAAGAAAGGAAAAUAGUUAGGAAUGUUUUGAGGUAUUUUGAAAAUGAAUGUUCUCAAAACCAAUUAAAUAUCCAACUUUGUCAACCGAUCAAAAAGGCAGCCGAAGCGAACGGUGUUUCGACUAGAACCGUAAAUCGUAUAAAGCGGGAAGUAAAGAAUACUGGCGAUGUAAAGUCUCCCUUGAAACGAAGACGCAUCGGAAAAUUAAUUUGUUCUUCUACCAGUUUGGAUGAUUUUGACUUUUGUGUUAUUAGACAAACUGUCAGCGAAUUUUAUGCCAGAAAUGAAGUGCCUUCUUUACGAACUCUUCUGCCAGCUGUUAAGGAGAAGAUAAAUUUUCCCUGGAAAGUGAAAACACUAAGACAUGUUCUACAGAAAAUUGGAUUCAAAUGGAAGCGAUCUGUAGAUAAAAGGAAAAUUGUCAUGAAAAGGCCCGACAUCGUGCAAUGGAAGUACAAGUAUUUAAGAGAUAUUAAAAAAUACAGGGAUAGCAAACGAGUGAUUGUCUAUUUAGAUGAAACUUGGAUAGAUAGCAACUUGUCAUUUGGGAAGUGUUGGCAGCUCAACAAGAUUGGAGCUGUCACCAAACAAACUGCUGGGAAACGCUUGAUCGUUGUUCAUGCAGGAAACCAGGAUAGUUUUAUAGAAGGAGCAAGCUUAAUUUUUCAGUCCGGAACAGCCAAAGGCGAUUAUCAUGGCCAAAUGAACUAUGAUAGCUUUUCCAAGUGGCUGCAAGAAAAGCUUCUUCCUAAUAUUCCUCCACAUUGUGUGAUUUGCAUGGGCAACGCUUCUUAUCACACAAAAGUGUUAAAUUCUGUACCUUCAAAAUAUUCCACAAAGAAAAAUUUAUCAGAAUGGUUAGAAGAACGUAAUAUUCCAUUUGAUGUUAAUAUGUGUAAGCCUGACUUAUAUGAUUUAAUUGUAUCCCACGCCCCUCCAUCCAAGAUGUUUUGUGUGGAUGAAAUUUUAAAAGCAAAUGGUCAUUAUGUCUUAAGAAUUCCGCCAUAUCAUUGUGAUUUAAAUGGCAUGGGCAUCCAUAAAAAGAUAUUGCGGAAUAGAAAUGUGAAUGGCGAGCUCAAUAUAACAACGCUAAGAGAUCUGACCAUAAAUGGACUUUUAAACGUGACAAAAAAUGAAUGGAAGAGUUUUUGUGACCAUGCUAAAAAGGUUGAAAAGAAAUAUUGGGAGAUUGACAAUAUAGUUGAACAAACUAUCGAUGAGAUUAAUUUCGUUGUAGGGGAUGAUUCAGACGAUUCAGAAGCAAAUGUCUCUGCCGAAUCUGAUUUCGAAUAUGACAGCGAGUCCACCUAAAGCGGCACUGAAAUAAUAUUCAAAACACAAUUUUUUUGAGCACUUCAGUAAUCUUGUCGGUGAGGAAUCCGACUAGUCAUUAAUUCCAUAAAUUCUUCAGAGUUUUUCCUUUUAUGUUCAAACCAUAACUCCUGCAUUAAUGUUGGUUUUUUCAUAUUAGCAUUAAAUUUACAUGUUUUUAACAUUUUUUCUUAUACAAUUGAACAUUCAUCUGCU